AAAUAGCAUGGCAAAUUCUUUUACCCCCAAGUCAUUGUUUCCUCAUGCUUAUAAACCCUAAAAUUUUCCACGAACAUCCCUUUUCUUCACUCACUUUCUUCCUCUCCCUUUUUUGGAGAGAAACUCAUUUGUUUUCCCUUGUCUUUUGUUCUGCUCUCGUGACUAUACAAGGGUUAUUGCCUAGUGGCACAUUGAUUUCUUCAGUUCAUACAGGGCCUGUAUAGACUGUUCAUAACAUUUGGUGGUGCCAGACACAUAUGGUAAAUUUAAUUACUAGUGAUUCAUCUCAUUCCGGAAUGAAUGAUGGCGGACUGUCUAGAUAUUCUCAGGGAAAACUUGAAGAAGGUGGUUGUUGGUACUUUUCUAGGAAGGAAAUUGAAGAGAAUUCUCCAUCUAGACAAGAUGGCAUUGACUUAAAGAAGGAGGCUUAUCUACGCAAGUCAUACUGUACAUUUCUACAAGAUUUCGGCAUGAGACUUAAAGUGCCCCAGGUAACAAUUGCUACUGCAAUAAUUUUCUGUCACCGAUUCUUUCUUCGUCAAUCCCAUGCGAAGAAUGAUAGGAGGACUAUUGCUACAGUUUGUAUGUUUCUUGCGGGGAAGGUGGAGGAGACUCCCCGUCCACUGAAAGAUGUUAUUCUCGUUUCUUAUGAAAUUAUACAUAAAAAGGAUCCUGAAGCAGUUCAGAGGAUCAAGCAAAAGGAGGUAUAUGAACAGCAGAAGGAAAUAAUUUUACAUGGAGAGAGGGUUGUACUUGCAACUCUUGGUUUUGAUUUAAAUUUGCUCCAUCCAUAUAAACCUCUUGUUGAUGCUAUAAAGAAAUUCAAGGUUGCUCAGAAUGCCCUUGCUCAAGUUGCAUGGAAUUUUGUGAAUGAUGGACUGCGUACAUCUCUUUGCUUGCAAUUUAAGCCCCACCACAUUGCGGCAGGUGCCAUUUUCCUUGCUGCAAAGUUCCUCAAAGUAAAGCUCCCAUCAGAUGCUGAGAAGGUCUGGUGGCAAGAGUUUGAUGUCACCCCACGCCAGUUGGAGGAGGUAAGCAAUCAGAUGCUGGAACUGUAUGAACAGAACCGAGUGCCCCCAUCAGCUAACAGUGAAGCUGAAGGAAGCAUUGUAGGUGGAACUUCUCAUCGGGCCACAUCAAAAGCUUCAUCUAGCAAUGAAGAACAUGUGGCACCUAAUAAUCAUUCUCAGACUGGAGGUAUUAGUACAAUACUUGGAAACUCAAAUCCAAUGUCUAGACCAGUGCAUGAGCAACCUCUUGCAGAUAGUCAUGGUGGUCCUCCAAGAACCAGCCAAAAUCAUGGUAGUUAUCAUGGAAGUGCUGAGAUGAGAAGUGCCUCAGACCACAAUAUGGAUGGUGAACCUAAAGAUGAUCUACCCUAUGAAAUAGAGACAUUGCCUUCCCAGGGAAAUUUUAGGGAAGGUCAAACCUUGAGACGAGCCUUGGAUGGGCUUGGAAAUGAAGAUCUAGAAAGGAAUGUUGCAAGAAGUGAAAUAAAAGAUUCAGGAGAAUCAAAAGAUAAACAUUUUGGUCGAAUUGGGGAGCAUAGAGAGGGUACGUUUGGUCAAUCACCCCAAGAUGCUAUUAAAAAGAUUGAUAGAGACAAAGUGAAGGCAGCUUUGGAAAAAAGAAAGAAGUCCCGAGGUGACAUGACUCGAAAAACUUACUUCUUGGAUGACGAUGAUUUAAUUGAGAGGGAACUGGAAGAUGGAAUUGAACUGGCUGCUGAAAGUGAAAAAAACAAGCAUGAUAGAAGACAAAGCUGGUCCAAGCCCUUGGACAGGGAAGAAUAUGAGAACUUGCAUCAUGGAAAGACUAUUGAUGCAAGGGACGAAAAGCAUCAUGGAAUGAGGGGACAGUUAUCUCAAAAGCCAGAUCUGAACAACAUUGAAGAUGGGGAACUGCCUGCUCCUGAUGAUAUGGACCAGGGUUUUCCCUUACCUAAGCUGAUCAACCGCAAACAUAAGGCAUCAAGCCCCCGUGACAGAAAGUUUGAGGGGAAGCAUCGGAAUGAUAAUGUGCCUGGGUCUCACCAUUAUAAUCAUCAUGAUUAUACAGAUGAUCGAAACAGGAUGAACCGGCUUGGUUAUAUGGAGAGAGAUCAUAAAAGACAUGUCCCAGAAAAUCAUGCCUGAGGUAUUAAUGUUUGCUGGAGCACUUGGUGUAAAGCUCUCUCUCACGGAUGCUGGUAACUGUUUAAACGAGAUCACAGUCCCUUUGUAUUUCCUUUGCAGUAAGUCGAAGUAAUAUAUCAGCUGUUGGAGGAUUCUGUUCUGAAAGGAUGAUUCUAGUGAGGUCUGAGCCCUAUAGCAUCUAUCUUAUAGUUGAUGGUUGGAUUAAACUCUUCCACGUAAUUUAUAAGAAUGGAAGCGAGGUUUUUGGAUGUUCUUAAUUGUGCUUUCCUUUGAUCUUCUUGUAGAAUACUUGGGAUCAUUAUCCAUGUACAAAAACGACGACGAUGAUAAUCUAGCAAUCAUAAUGGUUUUAGAUUGCA